UUGUCAUUUGAAAGCGGAGAGUCUCGUAUCCUCAGGGUAAAGGUGGUUUCUGGCAUUGAUCUAGCGAAAAAAGACAUCUUCGGAGCCAGUGACCCGUAUGUGAAACUUUCCUUGUAUGUAGCAGAUGAGAACAGAGAACUUGCUCUUGUGCAGACAAAAACUAUUAAAAAGACACUGAAUCCAAAAUGGAAUGAAGAAUUUUAUUUUAGAGUAAACCCAACCAAUCAUCGUCUCCUGUUCGAAGUGUUUGAUGAAAACAGAUUGACUAGAGACGACUUCCUGGGUCAAGUGGAUGUGCCACUCAGUCACCUUCCGACUGAAGACCCAACCAUGGAAAGGCCAUACACAUUUAAGGAUUUCCUUCUCAGACCAAGAAGCCACAAAUCUCGUGUAAAGGGUUUUUUGAGACUGAAGAUGGCUUAUAUGCCUAAAAAUGGUGGCCAGGAGGAAGAAAACAGUGAUCAAAGGGAUGAAUCUGAGCAUGGAUGGGAUGUGGUGGAUUCCAAUGACUCCGCAUCUCAACGUCAGGAGGAGUUACCACCUCCUCCACUGCCUCCUGGAUGGGAAGAAAAGGUGGACAACCUGGGGCGGACUUACUACGUCAACCAUAACAACAGGACUACUCAGUGGCAUCGACCAAGUUUAAUUGACGUGGGAUCUGAUUCAGAUAACAAUAUCAGACAAAUAAACCAAGAAGCAGCCCAUAGGCGGUUCCGCUCUCGGAGACACAUUAGUGAGGAUUUGGAACCAGAACCUAUGGAGAUUGGAGACAUUCCUGAGCCUUGGGAAACCAUUUCAGAGGAGGCAAGUGCAAGUGGAGAUUCCUUAAGCUUGUCAUUGCCACCUCCUCCUGCAUCUCCAGUAUCCCGUACCAGUCCUCAGGAGCUAUCUGAGGAACUGAGCAGAAGACUUCAGGUCACUCCUGAUUCCAAUGGGGAACAACUCAGUUCUUUGAUUCAAAGAGAUCCUUCUUCAAGAUUAAGAUCUUGCAGUGUAACAGAUACGGUUGCUGAACAGUCUCAGUUAUCCUUGCAGAGUGGUCCAUCUAGGAGAGCUCGUUCUUCAACUGUCACAGGUGGUGAGGAACCAACGCCUUCAGUGGCCUAUGUACAUACUACACCAGGCUUACCUUCAGGCUGGGAAGAAAGAAAGGAUGCGAAGGGACGCACGUAUUAUGUCAAUCAUAACAAUCGAACCACAACAUGGACGCGGCCCAUUAUGCAGCUUGCGGAAGAUGGCAUGGUUGGGUCAACAGCAAACAGCAGCAACCAUUUAAGUGAACCCCAGAUAAGGCGGCCUCGUAGCCUCAGUUCACCCACAGUAACUUUAUCUGCUCCACUCGAGGGUAUCAAGGACUCCCCUGUGCGCAGAGCGGUGAAGGACACCCUCUCCAAUCCACAGUCUCCACAGCCCUCACCUUACAACUCUCCUAAACCACAACACAAAGUUGCACAAAGCUUCCUUCCUCCUGGCUGGGAGAUGCGAAUAGCACCCAAUGGCAGGCCCUUCUUCAUUGAUCACAAUACUAAAACUACUACGUGGGAGGAUCCACGACUGAAAUUUCCAGUGCAUUUGAGAUCAAAAGCAUCUUUGAACCCUAAUGAUUUGGGCCCUCUUCCUCCUGGCUGGGAGGAAAGAAUACAUUUGGACGGAAGAACGUUUUAUAUAGACCAUAAUAAUAAAAUUACCCAGUGGGAAGACCCCAGACUGCAGAACCCGGCAAUUACUGGUCCAGCGGUUCCGUAUUCCAGGGAGUUCAAACAGAAAUACGACUAUUUCCGGAAGAAGUUAAAGAAACCAGCUGAUAUACCGAACAGAUUUGAGAUGAAGCUACACAGAAAUAAUAUCUUUGAGGAGUCCUACAGAAGAAUCAUGUCUGUGAAGAGACCUGAUGUGCUAAAAGCCAGGCUCUGGAUUGAAUUUGAGUCAGAAAAAGGACUUGACUAUGGAGGUGUGGCCAGAGAAUGGUUUUUUCUCUUGUCCAAGGAGAUGUUUAACCCUUAUUAUGGUCUCUUCGAAUAUUCAGCAACGGACAACUAUACACUUCAGAUUAAUCCUAAUUCAGGUCUUUGUAACGAAGAUCAUCUGUCGUAUUUCACAUUUAUUGGUCGGGUUGCUGGUCUGGCAGUGUAUCAUGGGAAGCUAUUGGAUGGCUUCUUCAUCAGACCUUUUUACAAGAUGAUGCUGGGGAAACCAAUAACUCUGAAAGACAUGGAGUCAGUGGACAGUGAGUACUACAACUCUUUGAAGUGGAUCCUGGAAAAUGACCCGACAGAGUUGGAUCUCAUGUUUUGCAUAGAUGAGGAAAACUUUGGACAGACAUAUCAAGUUGACCUGAAGCCCAAUGGGUCAGAAAUCAUGGUAACGAAUGAAAACAAAAGGGAAUAUAUUGACCUGGUCAUCCAGUGGAGGUUUGUAAACAGAGUUCAAAAGCAAAUGAACGCUUUUUUGGAGGGAUUCACAGAACUUCUUCCUAUUGAUCUGAUUAAAAUCUUUGAUGAAAAUGAACUAGAGUUACUGAUGUGUGGCCUCGGCGACGUUGAUGUUAAUGACUGGAGACAACACACCAUCUACAAAAACGGUUACUGCCCAAACCAUCCCGUUAUCCAGUGGUUCUGGAAGGCCGUUUUACUGAUGGAUGCCGAAAAGCGGAUUCGACUACUGCAGUUUGUUACUGGGACGUCACGCGUGCCUAUGAACGGAUUUGCUGAACUUUACGGUUCAAAUGGUCCUCAGCUGUUUACAAUAGAGCAAUGGGGAAGUCCUGAUAAACUGCCCAGAGCUCACACAUGCUUUAAUCGCCUAGACUUACCUCUUUAUGAAUCUUUUGAAGAUUUGCGAGAGAAGCUACUUAUGGCAGUUGAAAAUGCUCAAGGAUUUGAAGGAGUGGAUUAAAACGCCGACCUUUUUCCCCCUUCCGAGCAAGUUCUGCUGGCACUU